UGUAAGAAAAAUGUUUGAAGGGACUAAAUAUCUAAAUAAUUAACAUGCAAUGCUUUUAAAGAUUCAUUUCACUCACGGAUGCCAAUAACGCAAAAAAGAAAAAAAAAAUUCACACACACAAAGAGACAUGCAUAUAAAUCAAUAAAUCAUCUUCUACUACUCUUUCAACAAACACAUAAUAGGCCAUCUUUUUUUUCUCAUUCAGAAACCAGAUUGAUCCCAGAAUCCUUGUUUGGUUUUGAAUGGAAAAGGGGGUCAUUGAUCUCAUACUAGUCCCAAGUGGUCUUCUUGUAAUGGUAAUAUACCAUUUCUGGCUUCUUCGUAGAGUUCUGAAGCACCCCACCAAAACUACUAUUGCUGUCAAUGAAAUCAGUAGACGUCUCUGGGUUGAAACUAUGAUGGAGGAUAUACCAAGGCAUGGGGUUCUGGCAGUGCAAUCCUUGAGGAACAACAUAAUGGCUUCAACCCUUUUGGCCACCGCCGCCAUAUCGCUUUCUUCCCUCUUAGCCAUAUUAAUGGUUGGCAGCGGUGGCGGCAACUAUGGUGGCUACUACCACAAAGGAGAAACCAAGAGCCUUGUCUCCAAGGCCUAUGGUGAUAGAAUAAGUACUAUAACCAAGCAAGCAUCCUCAUUAACGUACCCUACAAGAAAGUGCCGUCGCCGACGCCGACACGGAGCCUCAGACUUGGGAUGUUAAAUGUCACCAAGAUUUUCAACAAGGGGAGCUAUUUUUGGUCUCUAGGAUGGCGGGCCAUCUAC